AUGCACAGAAUGAGGCAAGCGCGAUAUUCAACAGUAGAAUCCCCUAAAACAAUGAGUUUACAUCAAGACCCCUUCGGACUAAGAAAAGCUAAUAUGCCGCAACUGCAGCCUCGAAAGCUGUUGGGAAUGGGAAAUCGGGAUCACCAGCAAGACGAUAUUGGACAAAUAGUGCAUAUUCAGCGACAUAGAACGUUCGCUAGCAUCACUUUGGAAACAACCAACGUUUAUGUUGGUAGCCUAUCCACUGCUGUAUAG